AUGGAUCUUGUGGGGACGACGUCCCCGUUUGUCGUUUUGGAGAGUGAAUCAUUGCGUUACUACCGGCUGGCACUUUCGGCUAUCCGCACCCUGUUGCUGCAUCCAGAAUAUGCGCAGAGUGACGAGAUGUUGGCUGCAUGCAUUCUAUUGUCUACUUAUGAGAUGAUUGAUGUAGUUGGAGAGUCCCUCGGCUCGCAUCUCACCGGUGUUGCGUCCCUUUUGCGAACUCGUCAAGUCCAUGGCAACGUGGCCGGGAUCCGUGGAGCAUGCUACUGGACCUGGUAUCGUCACGAGACCUGGGCAGCUCUCCGCACAGGGCGCCAAAUGUCCAUUGACGAGGCAUACUGGCAACCUGAGUCUAUCGCUAGUUUCAGCCACCUGACCCCGGAGGACGUUGCCAACCGAGUCAUUUUCAUCUUCGGCCAGUGCAUCAACUAUUGCAACGACGAUACCACUGGCAAUCCAAGGGAGGCCAAGGCUGCGGAGCUGGAUCAGGCACUAGACGACUGGAAGGCGAAAUUACCUUCGAGUAUGGCAUGGUUCUCGACUGAGAAACCCGAGGCUGGUCCUAUGGGCUCUAAUCACUUUGAGGCCAUGUGGUUUGUCUUUCCCCACAGUGCCGUGGCGAAUCAAGUAUACAACGCAAGCAAGAUCAUACUCGCGCUGAACCGUCGCGAAGAGACGUCUUCAGCCGCACUGCGCGGCCUGGCCAACUCGGCGUUCCUCUCCACACAACGUCGUAUCGAGUGGCAUCGGCGGCAAAUAUUCUCGACGGCUAAUGCCGGAAUACCUGACGCAUGGAGCCUUGUUUCCUCGCAGUGUUUAUACAUUGCGGGCCUCGUGACGAAAGGCGUGGAGGAGAGGAAAAAGACAUUGGAUCUCAUUGACCAGUGCCAGAGGUCGAGUGGCAGGAAGACAGGGGUGCUCUCGAAUGAUUUAAAAAAUCUCUGGGCCGCUGAAAUGGAAGUUUUUAGUUAA